UAUAUAUAAAUACAAACAAAUAUCACCUCCAAAAGUCAAAGACAACUUCUUGCUGGAUACCUGCAAAGUCCAUCAUUUGAUAUAAAAUCUUUCAUGUCCCUUUUGUUUGUUUUUAUUUUUAGUUCAAUCUAGCAAAUUCCACUUAAAUUUUACAUCUUCAUAUUUCCAAAUUAUAAGCUAGUGGUGGACCCUUGGUUGGAGUGAUCAAAUUCACCAUAAAAUUUGAGUUUUGCAUGAAUUUGUGAAUAGUCAAAAGAGUUUUAGGGUAAAAACAAGAAACUAUAACAAGACAAUGGACAAAGGAGAAAAUAGCCAGGCUAAUUCUUUGCCUACAUCUUUUCAAAUUGUAAUUGGUGAAACCUCAUCAAAUACCGACAAUCAAAUGGUUGAUUACAUGCUUAAUCCACAUUCUACACAACAACAACAGCAACAACAGCAACAGCAGAACCAGAGUUUGUUAGGGUUUUUGCCCUCGAAUUCUUCUCUUGACAAGUUGAGCUUUGCGGAUGUGAUGCAAUUCGCGGAUUUUGGACCUAAAUUGGCCUUGAAUCAAACCAAGGUAGUCUCAGAGGAAGAUGCAGGAGGGAUUGAUCCUGUGUACUUCCUUAAGUUCCCCGUUCUAAACGAGAAGAAUGUGCAUGAAGAUGAUGGUGAUGAUGAUGAUGAUCAAGAAGGGUUAAUGGUACAACAAAGUGAUCAAGAGAAGUUUAAGUUAGUAGUAGAUCAAGAAGGUGGAAAAGAAAAAAGUGAAAAUGUUAUUGUUGUUGAAAGAGGUCAUGAAGGGAAGAACAAUAAGAGAAAGAGGCCAAGAAUUAAGACAAAUGAAGAAGUUGAAAGCCAAAGAAUGACACACAUUGCUGUUGAGAGGAAUAGAAGGAAGCAAAUGAAUGAACAUCUUCGUGUGUUGAGGUCACUCAUGCCUGGCUCUUAUGUUCAAAGGGGAGAUCAAGCAUCUAUCAUUGGUGGAGCAAUUGAAUUUGUUAGAGAAUUGGAACAACUCUUACAAUGCCUUGAGUCACAAAAGAGAAGAAGAAUCUAUGGAGAUAAUAGUACUCCACCAACAAGGCCAUUAGGUGAUUCAUCAAAUAUACAACCACCACAACCACAACCACAACCAAUGCCAAUUAAUCAAAACCCUAGUAGUACUCAUAAUCAUCAACCACCAUUGUUGUUACCACUUCCAAAUGAGUAUAUUGAAGCUGGAAUUCAAGAAGAAAUAGCUGAGAGUAAGUCUUGUUUGGCUGAUGUUGAAGUGAAACUUUUAGGGUUUGAUGCAAUGAUAAAGAUUCUAUCAAGAAGAAGACCAGGACAACUCAUAAAGGCAAUUGCUUCAUUAGAAGAUAUGCAACUUAGUAUUCUUCAUACAAAUAUUACUACAAUUGAACAAACUGUUCUCUACACAUUCAAUGUCAAGAUUUCUGGUGAAACGAGGUAUACAGCUAAUGAUAUAGCAAACUCAAUCCAGCAAAUAUUCAGUUUCAUUCAUGCUGAAAUAGCCCCAUAUGAUAUCAACUAAUUGAGCCCCUUGGGUGGUGUGGCCUGGCCUUUGUCCAAACUCUGCGUGAAUGCAAGAUGUUUUGUACACCGAUCGAGCUGCUAUUUUCUUUUUUACUAUCUAGAUGGUGCAUUCUUUAUAGCCACCUUAGACAUAUAUCAUAUAUAGAACAUUAUAAUGUAAGAAUGCUAUAUAUUUACUCUAGAUGAAUGCAAGAUGCUUUGUACAUCGA